UAGUAAAUUGUGAACAUUUGUAUAAAAAUAUGACUAAAUAUUUUGUUUAAAAUGUAUUUAUCUGGAAAUUUGUGCAAUAAUUUAAAUGAAAGUAAUUGUCUUGUUUGGAGCAAUAAUCAGUUGUCAUACAUAGGACAAGAUGUAAAACAAAUCCCAUCACUAAUCAGUAAGAUUUACGGACCAAAUGCUGUAAAAUUGGAUUUAAGUUUCAAUAUAAUCGAUACAAUAGACGGAAUUGAAGACUUCACUUGUCUUCGGGAACUAAUACUUGACAAUAAUCUUCUCAAUGAUAAUAUUAAGUUUUCAUUUAAUCCAUUACUUCAUACACUUUCAUUAAACAAAAAUAAGAUAACAGAUCUCGAAAGUCUAUUAAAUGAAUUGUCAAAUAAAUGUCCAAAUUUGACAUUUUUGAGUUUAUUGGGUAACAAUGCCUGUCCGGACCAGUUGUCCAAUUUAGACAAAGAUGAAGAAGAUUAUGCCAGAUAUCGACGAUAUGUUAUCUAUAGAUUGCCUUAUUUAAAGUUUUUGGAUUCAUCUAAAGUGUCAAACAUUGAGAGAAAAGAUGCCAAUGAAAGAGGAAAAUAUUUAAAGACAAUCCGUCCAAUCAUUGAUGAGUUUGACGACAAUUGCGAGAGACGUGUUGUGCGACAAAUAUUUACUCCUCUGCCGACUGAAGAUAAUUCAAGCGGAAGUCAUAGCGGUGCUUACGGACGACUUAAGCACAGGUAUACAGGAAAACACUCUGAAGGCAAUCGAUUCAUCAGAAAUCAUGAAUUGUGAUUCACAUCAAUAAUAAUAAUAAU